GCACGGGGUGGAGCCCGCAGAAGCUAGCAGAAGCUAUUAGCUUAGCGGGCUAGCUGCGCGGCCGCCUCGACGUCAGUUCUGAGCGUUUCCACGACGCCGCUUGUUUUGUCUCUAGCUUCGCGACUCGACACAGGUAUGAUCAGAUAGAGGAACAGCACACGCACGUUCUUCAAGCUGGUUUACGACGCGACAAGCCACCAUGGAUGCAGUGAAGGCGUUCAACAUGGAGUUGUUCUCCAUGAUCGACUUGAAGCCCCCGAUAUCCCGAGCUAAAAUGAUGUCUGUAACAAAAUCAGCCAUCAAAGCUAUCAAGUUUUACAAACAUGUUGUCCAGAUUGUUGAGAAGUUCAUCAAGAAGUGCAAGCCCGACUUGAAAGUCCCCGGUCUAUAUGUGGUUGAUUCCAUUGUUCGACAGUCACGGCAUCAGUUUGGGGUUGACAAGGAUGUUUUUGCGGCCAGAUUCUUGAAAAACUUCCAAGAUACCUUCCAAAAUCUUUACCGCUGCCCAGAGGAUGAUAAGAGCAAAAUUCUCCGUGUCCUGAACCUGUGGCAGAAGAACGGUGUGUUCGAUAUGGACAUUAUUCAGCCUCUGAUGGAUAUGGCUAAUGAAGCCAUUGUAGCUCCUCCUGCACUGAGAGUUUCCACUGACCCCCAACCAGAGAUCCAGCCUCCUAUCACUCUUGCCUCAGCUUUGACCGCUGUGCCCCAGCUACCCACUCCUGAUGCCUUAGCUGCUGUGGCACAGCUGUUUCAGUCCCCCCACGGGCAGGAGCUGCAGAGGAUGCUCCAGAACUUCCAGCAGGCAGAUAAGACCCUUGGGGCCGCCAUAGCAAACAACGUACCAGACCCUGUCCAAAUGCCUGUGGCCCAGCUCAACCCGUACAGUGCACACACAGAAAAGAAGAGCUCAUUGGCUGAGAAACUCCUUGAUCGUUUUGACUAUGAUGAUGAACCUGAGGAUAUAACUCCCAAAGAACUGAGUUCCCAGUCCCAAUACACAACUGAAAAGGUGUUCAACCAGUUUCCUGGUCAGAUGUCCAACACAGAGAAUGCUUAUCCACAUAUGAUGGGACAGACCGAUGGGAUCGAGCAUGAUGGAGGAAUGAGUCAUGGUGAAUAUCAUAUGUUGUCAGAUGGAUACCAUUCCAUAGACGAGGCUUAUUCCCAAUCAAGGCGAAAUUCAAGAGAAGACCCGAAUAUGAGGCGAGAGGGUAGACAGAGGGGCUUCGGCAGAAGAUCUGGUUCCAGAUCCCCCAGGAGAAGAAGAUCAAGAUCUACGUCCCGCUCAAGAAGGUCAAGGCAUAGACGCUCUCAUUCUCGCUCCAGAGAACAGCGGGUGAGAUCACGUUCUCAAGACAGGAAUGAAAGAGAGAAGGACAGGGAGCGCAGGCAGAAAGGUCUUCCCACCAUAAAAGGCCAGACACUAAGCGUUUGUAGCACCACACUUUGGGUUGGACAACUAGACAAGAAAACGCAGCAGUCUGACGUGAUGUCCCUUUUGGAAGAGUUUGGUCAGAUUGAGUCCAUCAAUAUGAUUCCCCCGAGAGGUUGUGCCUAUAUUGUUAUGGUUCACAGACAAGAUGCCAAUACAGCUUUGAACAAGCUCAGUAAGGGGUCAUACAAAGUCAAUCAGAAACCAGUUAAGAUUGCUUGGGCUUUGAACAAAGGUAUAAAAUCAGCACACAAAAAGUUCUGGGAUGUGGAGCGGGGGGUUACCUACAUUCCCUGGAGCAAGGCCAAAGUCGAUGAGUUGGAGAGCUAUCGAGAAGGGGGCAUGCUGGACACAGAGACACUAAAUCCAGAGUGGACUAAUGCCAAGGACCUCAAUAUGCCGGUGGCUGUAAAUGGAGCAUUGGAGAGUGUGCCAGCAGAUGGAAUGGUCACUGCUCACAUUCAGGCGCCUGCGGUUCAACAGGUAGCACCCAUCCGAAGUCCACCUGCUUUUCCUGCCCCCAUCAUGCUGUCCCCUACAGGCAUGCCUCCAGGAGGAGCACCAUUCAUCCCCACUGAAUAUGACCAUAAAAACCUGGCACCAGCAGGAAGUGUAAAACCUCUGGAGGACUCCACCAUAGAAUCAAAAAAAGACAAAGGCCCACCAUCAGAUGCAGGCAGCGACCAUCAGCUGGGCUCGCCUGGGGCACCAGUGAUGAACCUGCCCGGCCCAGCAGUCAUGCAGGGUCCCAGGCCGGGCAUGCCGCCUCUGCAGCCUCCUCCCGGAAUGCCCCCGUUCCUCUCGCCUCCAAACCUGCCGCACAUGCCCCCGCAGAUGAUGUUCCCACCUGAGCGGUUCAGAAUGCCCAUGCCCUUCGCUCCUCGUGGGCCUCCUUUCCUUCGACAUCCCUCUAUGGGACCAGAGGGCAUGGACAACCGGGAAGGAGGGCACUUCAGGAAUGGGAGGCCAGGAUUCGGGUGCCCACCUUUCCACAGAGGGAGGUGGUAGAGGUGGGGCUCGGACCUGCGGGGAGAGGACGCUGACAGAUUCUAGGACAUGUGGUUCAACUGAUGUGAAAACUUUAUUUUACACCACCAGAACCUUUUUUGUAGCUAAAAACAAACCACGAAAAACAAAGACUGGGUGUUCUGAAUGUAGUCGCCGCUCCUCUGAGUUCAACAGAGAAGAGACUUUGCUGUAAAUACUGUACGUGCUUGUAGCUGUUGAAUAUCCUUUUUGUAUAUUUGAAGUUGUGUAGUUAAAAUCCAUAAUAAUGAUAGUUUGAAGUUAAAAAAAACAAAACAAGCCAAUCUGUAUUUUUGAGCUUAUUCCCUCACCUGAGUUUUUGUGUACGGAAGAAGAUUAUGAAAAUCUAUAAUUCACACCUUUUUUGGUAAUUUGUUUUUAGUAAAAAAAACAAAAUAAUGCUUUGUACACACUGAUAUUUAAUUAUUCACCAGAAAUGUCUGAUUUCAUUUGAAGCAGGGAAUUUCAUGUCCUGCCAGUAGAGGGAGGAGUAAUGCCUGUUACCAUGGCAAACCUCUGUUGUACAUUAAAAUCACAUGAAGUGAAUAUUAAAAAAGAGGGACUACCAUUUGA